CGUCUAAACAAAAUCUCCAAAUCACAAUCGCAACCAGCGUUUCUCCACCACAACUCUAAUAAACCUUCCUCCAUUUUAUCCAUCACCCACUUCUACUCCUACAUACAAUUUUACAAAUCUCUUCCUGACGGACAUUUACCAUCCCCGCCAUCCACACCCAAAAAAAAAUAUCGCCUUUCUCAUCUCCCCUCUCUACCUUCCCCUAACACUAUCAUCGACUAGUUCGAUUCCUCCCUCCCACCCAAUCCGGACAGUUUCUUGCUUUGUCCCUCUUGAGACGCAACGUUUCGUCCCGAUAUUUUCUAUCAGGCCAUUGAAGCCGACGCAGAGUCUAGCUUUUUUUUCGUUAUCAAGCACCCCUCUUCUUGACCUUGUCGAUAAGAUCGCUUCUACCUAAUCAGGCGCGCAAAUUUCUUCACAACCCAGCGCAACCAUGGCGACAAACGGCAACGUCAACCAUACCGACCAAUUCUCGGCGGCCCCUGCUGCUACAGCUUCCGGAAACCCUGCUCCUCCUACCGACCAGACAAGUACCACCAGCUCCAAUAACAACCUUGGAAAGGAUGAGGUCGCUUGGUUUUUCGUCGAGCAGUACUACACCACCCUCAGCAAAAACCCAGAGAAGCUUCACUUAUUCUACGGAAAGCGCUCUCAGUUCGUCUAUGGUCUUGAGGCAGAGGUCGCCAACGUUUCUGUCGGCAGACAGAACAUCCAGGAGCGUAUCAAGCAGCUAGAUUUCCAAGACUGCAAGGUUCGUGUCUCCAAUGUCGACUCUCAGGCCUCGUACGACAAUAUCGUCAUUCAAGUUAUUGGCGAGACUUCCAACAAAGCUGGAGAUCCAAAGAAGUUUGUUCAGACCUUUGUUCUAGCCGGCCAGCCAUCAGGAUACUUCGUCUUGAACGACAUUCUUCGAUACAUAGAUGAGGAAGGUGACGAGGAGCCGGCUGAGACUGCUCAGGAGGAGCAAGCAGAGCCUGCGGCCCAGGCUAUCCCGGCAGCCAAAGAGGAGCCAGAAACGCAACCCGCAGCACCAGUUGAGCAGCCUUCAUCACUUGAUGCCGGCGUUGUCGAAAAGAAAUUGGAGGAAGUGAGCGCCGCUCCCGAAGAAAGCGCUCCGAUCAACGGUGAUGUACCGGCUGAGGCAGUUGCCAAUGAAACCCCGGCAGCUCCAGAGCCCGCGAAAGAGUCCGAAUCUAAGGCUGCCCCCGAUGCUGAGGAGAUAGCUCAGGAGAUCGCAGAAGAAGAUGCCAAGGAGCCGGAGAAGCCCGCCGACCCAAAACCAGCACCCGCGCAAGCACGCCAGCCUCAAGCAAACACCACUGCUGCUCCUGCUGCUCCUGCUGCUCCGGCUCCGGCCCAACCAGCUAAGCCCAUGACAUGGGCGAGCCGAGUGGCUGCCGGUGCUGGUCCCCGGCCUGUGGUACCUCUUCCGAAGGCUGCAACCCCUGCAACCCCUGCAGCAGCGCCGCAAUCCCGCCCGGUCGCUUCCACACAGCCAGCAGUAUCUCAAGCACCCGCCCCAACCCAAAGCUCCGAGGCCGCAACACCCACUACGCCUGCUAAAGAGACAUCUACAGAGUGGCAGACAGCCGGCGGUGACUCAAAGCGACAGAACAGACCUCAGUCGAUUUCUGGACCCCAAACUGACAAGGAUGGCACUAUGGGAUACGUAAAAUACGUCACAGAUAAGGUAGACAAGGACGAAUUGAGGGCAGCAUUAGCUCAGCACGGCGAGUUAGUCUACUUCGAUAUUAACCGUUCGAAGAACUGUGCGUUUGUCGAGUUCGCCACUCACGCUGGGUACCAAGCUGCUGUAGCCGCGAACCCUCACGUAGUUAAUGGCGAGAGCAUCGUUGUGGAGCCCCGCCGUCCCAAGGCAGGUGCUUAUGGUGGUAGCAACUACAACUCAGGGCGGGGAAAUUUACAGAACCGCCCGGGAGGCCGCGGAGGAUUCGAGGGCCGGUCUGGUAGCCAGGGUGGACGAGGUAACUUUGGAGGACAGGGUCGUGGUCGAGGUGGUGGUGGUGCGCCCCGAGGCCGAGGUGCCUCUCAAGCUACGAACGCAUGAAUAUUCUAGUUACGGUACGAGGUCUUACGAAGUGAAGUAGGUACGGAGUGUAUCCGGACUCGGAACUCUCAAGGAGCGGGAAGCCGUCACUGCCACGCCUCAGAAAAGCGUUAGAUGCAGGAUUUUGGAGUUUAGAGAUGGAGUGGUUUAUGACUUGUACCAGAGUCUAUGCAGACAUCUCUCAGGAGGGGGGGUGUUGUCUUCAAGUCGGGUUUAAUUUGAGCACGCAUAUAUCAUUGCACGGUGAUCCCUUCAGCUAAUGGGGCCUCUCUUCUGCUUGGAGAGGGGGUUUGUACAUUGAUGGACGGCUGGAAAAGUUGGCAUUCAUCUGCAUGGGAGGAGUGAAUGGGUGAUAUUGGGAAAUUCAAAGGGCCAGACUUGUACAGUUGUACAAUAGGGGCAAAGUGAAAAGAAUUUUUUUAAGACUACGUUAUGUGUACUACCUAGUGUAAUGCUACGACUGAACGACUGGUGUUAAUAACUCUGAAUCUCGCAGUUACCUGUCGGCGUCAAGGAUGCAUUAGAAUCCGACGUGAUGCUUGUUAAAAAAAAAAAAAAAAAAAAGUCUGCAGUAAACAAGGACUUGUCAU